CCCGCAGUUACACACUUCCCGCGUCGCUAAUGGCAAACGAGGGUUAGGGUUCUAGCCAGAAAACCCAGCAGCGGAGCAGUGAAAACGGUACAAGGUUGUUAUGAGCAUGAGCCUUAGAAGUUGGAGGAACUUGGGAACAUGCUGCUGACUGGUCUGGAUGCUGUGAAAAGCUGUUAGGGUCAGUGGUAGAUUUGUGUUCUGUGUGUUAUAUCAAUGGCGGUCGACAGGAUUAGCAUGUUGCCAGAUGAAGUACUUCAUCACAUUCUCUCUUUUCUCCCUACUCAAAUAGCUGCAGCCACAAGUGCUCUUUCAAAGAGGUGGGUGCCACUGUGGCUCUCAGUUCCUGCUCUCUUCUUUGAUGACCAAAGCUACCUCCUCAACGACAAAUCCUAUUUAUAUUUCGCAAAGUUCAUAUAUGCAAUCAUUCUCGACAGAGAUGUGCCCAUUAGAACGUUUCGUCUGCAAUGUGAGCCUUACAGUUCUAACCACCUCUUUAGUUCUGAUCUCAAGAUAUGGGUCAAAGCUGCAAUACAACGUGGACUUGAGAAUCUCUGCAUCCAGAUCCCCCAUAGAGAGUUUCAACCGGUCUUGAGCAGCUGUAUUUUCUGCUGCAAAACUCUGGUUGUUCUCAAGUUGGCGGGGUUAACUUUGGAUGAAUUUUCUGCUGUUGACCUUCCUUCCCUAAAAACUCUGCAUUUGAACGAUGUUAUGUUUCUAGAACCGCAUUAUAUUGUUGAUCUUCUUGUUGGGUGUCCAAUUAUCGAGUAUAUGCAUCUAACCGGUAUAUACUAUUUUCUUGCUGACUAUUAUGUUCCUAGUAGUAAGAGCUUUGGAAGCUUAUCUAAGUUGAUCAGGGCAGACAUAGAUGACAUUGAUUUUGAUAUUUUCGUAGGAUCUCUUGGCAUUGACAAGUACCUGGAUGGCAUUCCCAUUUUCCCCAAUUUAACUCAUGUGGAGCUUACGGGGGAUUGGAAUAUUAGCUGGCAUAUGGUAUUUGCAAUGCUCAAGCAGUGCCCUAUGCUUCAAAAUUUUGUCCUUGAUAUGCAGAAAAGUUAUGAUGAUUCUGAUGAUUUGGUUUGGAUUUCCCCUUGUUCUGUUCCUGAAUGCCUUUCUUCACAACUUAGGAGAUGUUCUAUUAUAAAUUAUGAAGGCACGGAAAGUGAGCUGCAUUUUGCAAAAUAUAUUAUGCAGAAUUCAAGAGUUUUACGGAAGAUGACAAUAUUCACUCUGUGUUCCUCAGAGUUAGAAGUUGACAAGCUUGAACUGCUGAAAGACUUGUCCUUAUGCCCAAGGAGUUCUACGAUAUGUGAACUUUCAUUUAAAUGAAAAUGAAUGAUAUGCUCUACUUAGUAGCUGCAAAUUGUGUUUAGAACUUUAGAUGAUUGCAUUGUACUUAGUAUAUCUACCUUUUCCGAUGAAGGGGAAACAAAAGUAUAUCUACCUACAACUGCUAGUGUUUUGAAGGACAUGGAAUUUGUCUCUUGUUCAAUGAUAGUUCUUAAAUAUCACUUGUGAAGAUUUGUGUUUUUAAUUAAA